AUGACCAUAGAGCCUGGUCAGCCAGGAGCGUUCACAGUGAGUGACAUCAGAGCUGACAGUGUGACUCUGUCCUGGGAGCCCCCUGCUGGUGAAGUGCAGAACUACUCAGUGACCUGUUCCAGUGGAGAAGAUGUCGUACAAGAAUUCCAAACUGAGGAAACCAGAGUGACCAUCAGAUACCUGAGGCCUGGACAGCAGUACCUGUUCUCUGUGUGUGCACAGCUCCAGAGGCUCCAGAGUGAGGCUGCAGAGACCUCCACUCACACAAAAACAUAUGUGGAGUCUGUUCUUGAGGAUUUGGAUCUAGAAAUCUAUUACAACAAGAAGCUUUGUCUAAAUAAGGUUCUGCAAAUUGAUGAGAAGACGAUGACUGAAAACAAUGUGAUGUCAAACAAAGACGUUCAGGAACUGUCACUCAAAAUGUCCAUGUGUCAGUUUGCUGUUCCUCUGCUGCUUCCAAACUGUGACACAAACCAGUGCACACUGAUGCUGUGGGCUCUGAGAGACAUUGUCAAAAAGUACAGACCUAAAUCUCUCUCUGAAUCCAAGGGCUUCAAAGAAGAACGUGUCGUAAACUCUGAAAUCCCAAUGAUCUCGUUCAUGAGACUUGGUGAAUGUUCUUUGUCCAAGUCUGAGAUUCUAAACAAACUCCUGAGCAACUCCCAGCAAUACCACGACACCUUUGUGCACCACAACAUGCAGUGUGGCGACAACCCGAGAAUAAUCUCUAAUGGACUCGCGGAACUUACUUGGGAAAUGGGUCAACUCUACGAGGCUUCAUUGUCUCUUCCAGAAGAAGACCGUUCACGUCAACAGCUGCAGCACCUUCCCAAACUGUGUGCACAGCUUCUGAUUGAGGGUUUUCCUCUGGAGCUGGUGGAUGGAGAUGCCUCCAACAUCCCUCUCAGAUGGGUGAGUGAUGUUCUGACCCAGCUCCAUGAACUGGUGUCUCCUAACAACAAGAUUCUGGUGAUCACAGUCCUCGGAGUCCAGAGCACAGGGAAGUCCACUCUCCUCAACACCAUGUUUGGAGUGAAGUUUGCAGUGAGCAGUGGCCGAUGCACGAGAGGCGCCUUUAUGUUACUCAUCAGAGUCAGUGAAGAUAUGAAAGCUUCUCUCAACUGUGACUUCUUAGUGAUCAUCGACACCGAGGGCCUCAAGUCUCCAGAACUCGCUCAACUGGACGAUAGUCACGAGCACGACAACGAGUUAGCAACCCUUGUGGUUGGAUUGAGUGACAUCACCAUCAUCAAUAUUGCUAUGGAGAAUUCUACAGACAUGAAAGACAUCCUGCAGAUAGUUGUGCACGCUUUCCUCCGAAUGAAAGAAGUGGGUAAAAAACCCAGAUGUCAGUUUGUUCACCAGAAUGUUUCAGAUGUUUCAGCUCAUGACAAGAACCUCAGAGACAGAAAACUGCUCUUGCAGCAGUUAAAUGAGAUGACUCAAGCUGCAGCUAAGAUGGAGAGAAAAGAAGAGAAUAAGAGCUUCACUGAUGUCAUGGACUAUGACCCCGACACUGGAAACUGGUCCUGGGUGAAAUUCUCCUCCUUCUCUGGGGCCUGGGAGAAGCUCUUCUCCUCCUCCGGGGCCUGGGAGAAACUCUCCUCCUCUUCCGGAGGUGUGAGUUGA